CCGGAACCUUGAAAGGGCAGCAUUUUUGCCCCGACUGUGGCGGCCGGGUUUGAGGGGAGCACUCGGUGGUGUCUGUUCAGCUUCCUGUCGGCGGGCAAGUUGGGGCUUCGCAGCCUUUAGGGCCCGUAGUGACAAACCUGGCUCUUCUGAAGGUUUUGAGCAGAGGAGUUGACAUGAGCUGAUUUAGGUUUUAAUGAGGUGAUUGCUACUAUGGAGGAAAGACAGGAAGAAUGGAAUGAAAACAGGAAGCCUCUGCAGAGGACGGCCACCGCACUCAUGGCCGGGAUUUUGCGCUCGGUGGUUCAGAGGCCCCCGGGCAGACUACACACGGUGACAAAAGGUGUGGAGUCUCUCGUUUGUACAGAUUGGAUUCGUCAUAAAUUUACCAAGUCAAGAAUUCCAGAUAAAGUGUUUCAGCCUUCACCAGAAGAUCAUGAAAAAUAUGGUGGGGAUCCACAACACCCUCAUAAACUGCAUAUUGUUACCAGAAUAAAAAGUAUAAAAGGCCGUCCAUAUUGGGAAAAAGAUGUAGUAAAGAUGCUUGGAAUAGAAAAGGCGCACACUCCUCAAGUUCACAAGAACAUCCCUUCGGUGAACGCGAAACUGAAAGUGGUUAAACAUUUGAUAAGAAUCAAGCCCCUGAAGUUGCCACAAGGACUCCCCACCGAGGAGGACAUGGCUCACACCUGCCUCAAGAGCAAUGGGGAGUUGGUAGUCCGGUGGCAGCUAAAACCCGUGGACCAGAAAGCAAUUAAGCCCUAAUGCCAGAGCUGUUCCAGAUUGAAAAGUGCAAAUCAUUUUUAUUUAAAGAUGUUAGAAGUGUUCUCAUUAAAAUAUAUUUUAAAUGCUAGUCA